AUGGGAUUUCCUAACCUAAAAUCAUACUACUACGCAGCCCUACUCACAAGUGUCAUCAACGCACACACAACGAAACAACCUCCACAAUGGGUAGUGUUAGAAAACCAGCUCUGCACCAACAAUGACCUAUCUUCCACUCUAUGGACUCCCAAACACGAAAGACCAAGAACCACGGACAUGUUGCCCACCACCAAACUCUUACUAUCCACAUGGGAUAAUUGCAGGGAAAAGUUAUGCUCAGCUCACCCAUGGGCACUAGCUGCCCCAAUCAAAACUCUGCAUCACUGUAAUGGCACAUUCCCGCACCAAAAAUGGGAAGAAAGAGGCAUCACACAUAUGUACCCCCUCUACACGUCUGAAGGCCUGAUACACUUCCCAGACCUCCAAACCGAGUUUUCACUCCCGUCGAACUUCACGUUUGCAUACCUACAAUUAAAAGCCCUACUGAAAGACAACUCGAUCCACAACAGAAGACAGACAUUACGAACCACAGUGACGAAGUUCGAAAUGCAAUGCAUGUCAGCAACAACCCCGAAAAAAGUGCUAUCCACCUGCUAUGACAGCCUAGCAAACCUCAAAACAGACGACACAUGGAAAUUCAUGAACGACUGGCAGGAAGACCUCUAA